GGUAAAAUGGUUUGAAAAUUGAGCAGGAGCUUUCCAACUGCUCUCAGGCUGCUCUUCCAACACUCAAAGCUCUUCUUUUCUCUUGGGGUCUUUUUCAGAGUGUUCCCGACAUGCCUGCGAAGGGCGUUACACUUUAUCGGCAGGAGCAAACGCAACAUCAAAGCUCAAAACAUGUUGUCCAACACUCAAGGAAAUCAAGCUCUCAGGUAGUGAAGAAGAAGCAGGUCCAGGCCUCUGAGGCUAUGGCGGAACAAACCUACACAGUGCCAACCUUCAGGGAGAGGGCUCCUGAAGGCAUGCAGGAGUAUCAGAGAAUGGCGACUCACUUUGGAAGAGAUUUGGUUCAGCUGCAGCAGGAGCUGCACAGGAUGAAAGUGGCCACAAAGGAGCAAGUGAAGAAUAUUGAGAUUACUAGAGAGGUGAAGGGAAUUAUGCCUUUGAGGAAGGAUUAUCCUGUUGAGGUUCCCAAAGCACCGGACUUCCUGAUCAGUCUGAGAGCUCACACUGUGUGGGAAAAGACUCCCGUCAAGCUGUUCUGCACCGUGUCUGGCCAACCCAACCCUAUUGUCAAAUGGUAUAGGAAUAAUGUUGCCAUUGAACCCUUGAAUGCUCCUGGAAAGUACAAAAUUGAGAACAAGUACGGGGUUCACAGUCUGAUUAUUAGCAGAUGUGCAGUUACUGAUUCUGGAGUGUACAGUGCUGUGGCAACCAAUCCGCAUGGAAAGGCCACUUCCAAGGCUACUGUCUGCGUCAGGAGGCCACUAGGGGGAGGAGAGCUCUCCCAUCUGCCAGGGCAAGCUCCUCUGUUGGGCAUUCAUCCCAGCAAGCUUGAGGUGACCCUGCUGGAGUCAUUUGGAGUGACGUUUGGUACCGAAGGAGAGUCUGUUCAUCUGGUGGCCAACAUGGUGGUGGUGCCUGAUCUGCCAAACCUGCCACCCGAGGCCAUGUGGUACAGAGAUGAUACAUUGCUGAUGCCAUCCAGGUGGGCUGAGAUGUCAAUUGGUGGUGGGGUCGCCAAGCUUACACUUCCUCACCUGAACAAGGAUGAUGAGGGUCUUUACACGCUUCGCAUUUGGACCAAGGAUGGAACUGCUGAGCACAGCGCUUACCUGUUUGUUAAAGAUGCCACUCCCACAGUGGCCGGGGCCCCUGGAGCCCCCAUGGAUGUUAAAGUCUCUGAUGUCAACGCAGAUUACAUCCUGGUCUCCUGGAAACCUCCAAACACCACCCAUGAGGCUCCCAUCACUGGAUACUUUGUGGACAGACGCAAGUCAGGAACCAAGGACUGGGUCCAGUGCAAUGACUCCCCUGUGAAAGUGUGUAAGCUGCCCGUCCACGGCCUGAGCGAGGGGGCUUCCUAUCACUUCAGAGUGAGGGCUGUGAACAAAGAUGGCAUCAGUCUGCCUUCCAGAAUGUCUUCUGGAGUGACCGCUGCAGAAGUGGAGAGUGAUGUGGAAGUGAUUAAAAUCGAAGGGAAAUAUGACAUUGCGAUUCGACAGGAGGAACUACAAGGAGUGUAUGUAACAAUACCAGGUCCACCCACCAAUGUGCAUGCUACAGAAAUAAACAAAACAUACAUUGUUCUGAGCUGGACACCACCUAGCCCUCGCGGACGGGCACCUGUGUGGUACCUCAUUGAGAAGUGUGUAGGUGACAGUCACGUCUGGCAGAGAGUCAACACUGCGGUCAAGCUACGAUCUCCCCGUUACCCUGUUUACGAUACGGAGGACAAGAAAUCUUACCGUUUCCGUGUAAUCACUGUCAACAAGUAUGGCUCAAGUGAGCCGUCAGAGCCCACAGCACCCAUCCAAAAGGUGGACCCUUAUGGUGUCCCCUCUGCCCCAGGACAGGUGAUUGCUUCCAGAAACACUAAAACGUCUGCUUUUGUGCAAUGGGAGGCCCCGAAACAUGCUAACAACCUCAUGGGUUACUAUGUGGAUGCCUGUCUGGUCGGCUCCAAAAAAUGGUUCCCUUGUAACCACAGGCCUUACAAACACACCAGGUUUGUGGUCCAUGGUUUGGUCCCCGGAGAUACUUACGUGUUCCGUGUGCAAGCCGUGAAUGCUUACGGGUUGAGCGAAGAAUCACAGGAAUCUGCUCCUCUCUUCAUUGAUGCUGCUCUUUCUACUCCCUCUGCCCCAUACGGCAUCAGUCUGCUGAACUGCAAUGGAUCCUCCAUGACCCUGGCCUGGAAACGCCCCAAAAACACCGGCGGCUCUAAGAUCACAUCUUACUACCUGGACAAGCGUGAGGCGGGAUCAGUCGACUGGAAGGAGGUUAGCCCCAAUCCGGCUGUCCACAGGACCUUCACGGUGGAGAAUCUGACCAGUGGAGUUUUCUACGAGUUCAAGGUUCAGGCUGCUAACUUGGCCGGAGUUGGCCUGCCGUCUGAGCCCAGCAAAGCUUUUGCCUGUGAGGCCUGGACAAUGGCUGAACCUGGCCCAGCGCACGACAUUAGUUUCUGGGAGGUGCGUGACACCUCUGUCCUGGUGCAGUGGAAGCCUCCUGUGUACAGCGGAGACUGUCCCAUCACUGGCUACUUUGUGGACAUGGCUAAGAAGGGCUCAUCAGAUUUUGCCGCUGUGAAUGCUGAGCCAAUUGGGCAUUGCUACUUGAAGGUGGCUGGACUAGAGACUGGAGCAUCAUAUGUGUUCAGAGUGCGGGCUGUGAAUGCUAAAGGUGUUGGAAAAGCCUCAGAUGUGUCCGAUCCUGUAUGUGCAAAAGCGCUGCCAGGUACAAAGGAGAUUGCAUGUGGUGUGGAUGAAGAAACCGGAGACAUUUUCUUAAACUUUGAAGCUUGUGAAGUUUCCGAGACCUCUAAGUUCACAUGGUCAAAGUCCUACAAAGAAAUCACUGAAUCAAGCAGGGUCUCCAUCACGUCCUCUGGAAGACACUCUAAGCUGACAUUUGUAAACACUGAGAAGGAGGAUUUGGGCGUCUACUCUGUCGCGGUGACUGACACAGAUGGAGUUUCAUCCAGUUACUCCGUCAAUGAAGAAGAGCUCAAAAAAAUGCAGGAGCUGAGCUACAACAUCAAACAUCCCAUUGUUCCGCUGAAGACGGAGCUGAAUUAUGAAAUUCUGGAGAAGGGUCACGUGCGGUUCUGGGUGCAGGCUCUGAAGUUGUCCUCCUCUGUCAACUACAGGUUCAUCGUCAACGAUAAAGCCAUCACGAGUGCUGAGGGUUACAAAAUCAGCCAUGAUUCAGUGUUUGAGGAUAUCAUCAACGCCAUCGCCAGUAUUGCUGGUUCCUCUGCCUCUGACUUGGUUCUUCAGUGCACACCAGAGGGUAUCAGACUGCAGUGCUACAUGAAGUACUACACAGAGGAGAUGAAAACUAGCUGGUUUCAUAGAGAGAGUAAGAUCUCCUCCUCAGAGAAGAUGAGAAUCGGAGGCACAUCUGAGAUGGCCUGGAUGCAGAUCUGUGAGCCCACAGAUAAGGAAAAGGGACAUUAUACCAUUGAGAUUCAUGAUGGGAAAAAAUCACACUCUCGCACCUUUGACCUUUCUGGACAAGCAUACACUGAUGCCUAUGCAGAGUUCCAGAGACUUAAAGCUGCUGCCUUUGCUGAGAAGAACCGUGGUAGAGUGGUAGGUGGCCUGCCAGAUGUUGUCACCAUUAUGGAGAAGAAGAGCCUGAGUCUUACUUGCACAGUGUGGGGUGACCCCAACCCAGAGGUCACCUGGUUUAAGAAUGAGCAGGAGGUUGUGUCCGAUGACCGCUUCAAGGUCACCUUCGAGGGCGGCAAGUUCGCCAGCCUCACUAUCAAUAGUAUGUACGUGGAAGACUCCUACACCCUCCGUUAA